GGGUGCCGUUCCGUGCCGUGCCGCUGCCGGCGCGGGGGCGGCGGCGGGGCGCGCCGGACCCGCGGCGGCGGCGGCGGCGGCGGCCAGUGGGAUGCAAGUAUGGACAUAAUAGCCUAUGAUGAUUACUCCAGUCCACCGCUUCAGAGAUAUUGAAAGGACACCAGAAUACCUCCAGCCGGAAAAGUGUGUUCCACCUCCUAGCCGCGCUUCCCUGGGAACAAUGUGGUUUAUUCGAGAUGGCUGUGGUAUUGCAUGUGCUGUCGUUACCUGGAUGCUGGUGUUCUAUGCCGACUUUGUAGUCCUUCUUGUCAUGCUAGUUCCAUCGAGAGAUUAUGUUUAUAGUGUCAUCAAUGGCACACUGUUCAACACCUUGGCUUUCCUCGCUUUGGCUUCACAUUUUCGUGCUAUGCUGACAGAUCCAGGUGCUGUACCCAAAGGUAAUGCCACAAAAGAGUUUAUUGAGAGUUUGCAGCUAAAGCCAGGCCAGGUGGUUUACAAGUGCCCAAAGUGUUGUAGCAUCAAACCUGACAGAGCACAUCACUGCAGUGUUUGCAAGAGGUGUAUUCGGAAAAUGGACCAUCACUGCCCAUGGGUCAAUAACUGUGUAGGAGAGAAUAACCAGAAGUACUUUGUACUGUUUACAAUGUAUAUAGCACUGAUUUCCCUGCAUGCUUUAAUAAUGGUGGGAUUUCACUUCUUGUAUUGCUUCGAAGAAGACUGGACAAAAUGCAGUUCCUUCUCUCCACCGACUACGGUGAUUCUUCUCAUCCUCCUGUGUUUCGAGGCUCUCUUAUUUCUUAUCUUCACCUCAGUUAUGUUUGGGACCCAAGUACACUCCAUCUGCACUGAUGAAACGGGUAUUGAGCGACUUAAAAAUCAGAAGCCAACCUGGGAAAAGAUCAGCGGCUGGGAAGGAAUGAAGCUGGCAUUCGGCGGUGCCUUCUCUUUGGGUUGGUUCAACCCUUUUUCAAACCUGAACUGUGAGAGACCAGCACCGGCUGAAGCAGCAGCAGCAGCUCCUGCGUCUGAAAUACUGACCCAAGAAGAAAUCGAGCAGUUUCUCGCUCGAGACGUUGCCAUCCAGAUACAUGAAUAAGCAAAGCAUCCUCUACGAUGCCAGGAGAAGCUUUCAGGUGUUUUUUUUUUUUAAUAACUUCUCAUGCUGGAGAUUUAAGGCGUUGUUUUUUAACAUACUUUUGGUGCAUUAAAAAAUUCAGGACUAUUUGUCUGGAAGCUGGGUACAGCACUAGUGGAAGCAAUGCAAAUCUCCAGAGAGAGCUUUAUAAGUGAGGAGGAUCAUAAGCUCCUUUUCAGACCUGUUCGAGCUGCUUUAUUGAGCUUUUCUUACAUGGCCUUUAAGGACAGUUUAUAAUUGUCAGAUAGAUUUGUUCCAGUUCCCAGAAAUGUGGAAGUCUGAUUAACUAGGGUGUCUGGUUAAUCUUUUGUUCUUACAGCCUUUUGGAGGACUAAAUGUGUGAUGGCAAGAUUAGCCCAACUCUGAAAGUUUUUGUGAAAAACACAUCCUGUUUAGCCCAUCUCAUCGUAUGGAUACUGCUUAUGGGUUAUGAAAGUUGCUGGUGUGCAGGUCUUAGCAGAGGUGGGGUACAGGGCUGUGGAUGCAGCAGAUGGAUGAGCUCGCCCUGGGUGUAAUUCCUUUGGGCUCUGAAAUAUCUCCAGGGGUAAAUUUUUACCCUCUGUGCUUGUGGGACUGGCCAAGACUGGCGGUGCUUGUCAGAGCUGGUGGGCUUGUGGUGGUGCCAGGCUGGCCAGGAGCAUUCACCUGUGGCAAGUGCAGCCAAGAACAGGCAAAUGUUGGCCCUGCCAUUGAACUUUUGUCCCGGUUUGUUUGCACAUAAGAUGUGUGGAGCAGGAGCUACCUCGCCAACCUCUGCAGCCCAGAAAGCAGGCAAAUUGUCUAGGCCAGGUACCAGGGCUAUUUCUGCAGUCAGAGAGAGACAGACAGGAACACCCUGCUGAUGGAGGUACUACCAUCUCUCCAUUUGACUUGUCUAAUUUAGAUGUCUCUCUUUUUUUCUUUUCUUAAUAGCUAGAGUUAGUUGAAAAUGAAUAGUGCCUCUUAAUCUUACUGGGGUUUAACAUUGUCCUAACAGUACAUGCCAUUGCACAGGGUUUCCUUACUCUAAUUUUCCAGCCAGCUCCUGGUGAAUGCUGUGGAAGGAACAUGGAUCUCUCAAAGAAAGCAUCACUGCAGGUGGCAGUAGUUGCAGCAAAGUUAUGCAGAGGUGUUGCUAGGCCCUGCAUUCAGAUGCACUACAAACAUUUGGCAUCCUCCAGAUGUCAGGGUAAUUUUAAUUUAGACUGUUUUUCAAGUGUUUGGGGGUUUUUCCCUUCUAUCAUAUCCCUUAGCUCAUUUGUCAUUAGAGAUGUGUUCCUGGUUUCCCCACCACAGAACAUGCUUGAUUUUAUUAUCUCCUCCUCCCCUGUAACAUGGACCAAAGAUAACUGCUUCCUCUCAAAAAUAAGAGAAAGGAGGUUUUGGGAUGAAAGCAUGGUAUUGUGAAAGACCUAUAUGAAAUUUUAUUAUUUAUAGGAGUGAUAUCAAAUGGAAUUUAUGCAGGAUUUUUAAAAAAAAUUUUACCCCAAAAAAGCAUCUUGGGAUGUAUUGAUGAUGUGACUUUCAGGGCUACUGUGGACAGAUGAGAUUCUCUCCUGGACUUGUCCUCUGCCUUUUUCUGGCAAAGGUACUGGAAACAAACGGAGUGCCUUGACUGUUUAAGAACACAGCUUGUUCUUGCUAAAAUCCAGGGCGUAUUUACGAACAGUUGUCCCAUCCCCUCUUCCCUCUGGAUGUCUGUCCUCUUCGUCAGUGAAAAAUAGAUAUAGAAAAAGUCAUUAGGAACUGUGUAUUUAUAACCUUUUGGGUAAAGGGAAGCACCCUGCAUUUGAGACGCAACGAGAUACCCUCUCAUGUCAUUUAGACAUCAGGUCUUGAGUGUCUUUGCCCUGUGCAGCAGUGGGAUACUGAGGGAAGAAGCUUUCCUACUUCUGCACCAGCCCCCAUUCCUCUCUGUCAGCAUCCCACAGGAAAGGGACAUCAGGGGCAUACUCACAUCUGUAAGGGAUUUCCUGUAGGGAGUAAUGGGGAUGUUGAAGGAGGAAGAGUGCCCUUUUUAGCUCGCAUUUUCUAAUUUUGGCUUGCUGCUCUGCCUCUGCAUCCAGUUAACAUCCCUGCCUCUGGUGCUGUGUCUGCAGUGGGAAUGGUGCUACAAGGAGAAACUAGUUAGUGGCUGAAAAUCACCUUGAGGCAGGUAUAUGGGAAUAUCAGCUUGGGAGAGACCCCCAUGUGCUGCAUUUCUCAGGACACAGAUGCAACUAACAUGGUUUUGGGUAGGCAUGGAUGCAGGCAGCAUAUUUUCUUCUCCACUCUCAAACCUAGUUCACCUCAUAAUGAGAACCAGAGUCCUUUGCUUCUGUUUCCCACCUCUCGUAUUGUUCCUCAGGUACUGGCAUUUCUGAAUGUUUUUUUUUUAGUAGGUGAAACGGAAAAACAGUGUGAAGAGGAGGGUAAGAGCCAGGACAGCUGUCUCCCCUCCUCAAAUUACAGUUUGAGUGAGAGACAGGGUCAUGUCCCUGUGCCUUAUGCAGAGCAUGGCAGCCAGCCCAGCCCCAGCUCUGGUGCCCCCAUGACCUGGUGGGGUGAUUUCUUAUGUCCAGCAAAUCAGUUCUGGUGUUUCUUGGCUGUCAGUCCCCCUUGUCCUCCUCUUCUUUCUCCUCUCUCAAAGUCUCAGUACCCCUUGGUGUAUCUCCUCUGUCUCAGUGUAGUGUGACAACUGUCAGAAAUCACAGAAGUCUUCAAAAGUUGGAAAAAUCUGUUUUAUCCACAGCUUUAGUAUAAACCUCUUUCUUUAAUGAUUUAUGUGGUCGCUUGAGACCAAACAUGAUUUUCAUGAAACUGAAACCAAACCCUCCAUUUUCCUUUCCUUCCCUCCAUGCUGUAAUAGGUUUGUCUUGCCCCUUGUUAAAUCAUGCCUUCGUCUUCAAGCCAUGCUGCUGUAGUCCCAUCUGAGUUCUGGCUAGACCUUGCUAGGUCCCAGGGAAGGCUCUCCUGGAAAUUAUGUUCACAGUGGGGGGCUGGGGAGGAUGCUGUCUCUGCACUGCUCAGUGUGGGACAUGGUCCACUGGCGAUCCCAUCACUGCUCUGAUGUGAGGUGUUAAUAUGUGAUGGACAGGGCCAUGUCAGACGUGGAAAGUGUUCUUGUACUUCUUACCUGGUGUCUUCUACAGCAGGUUUUCUAUGCAAGUAAAGAAUUUACAUCUCUUAAAAAUAUUUUUUGCUGUUUGUAAGUCCUUUUCGUGCCUUCAGUUGCUAUUGUAUUUACUAAAGAACUAAUACUUCAUCUGCCAAGGACCACCUGCUCCUCCCUACCCUAUGGACACAAUGCACAUGGACUCUGCACCCACUCUGCCUGCAGAGAGGAGCUCCCACUCCCUGCUGUGCCACCACAGGAGAUGGCUUCUUGGGGACCCAGUGCUGCUGUGCGGCACCAGAACACCGUGGGCAGAGGGGCAGCAGGGGUCAGGGCAGCCUGACCCCCUUCUGUGGCCCAGCAGCCACCUCUGAAACACAAGAGAGGGGUUAAAACCUUCUUUUUUGCCCUUCCUUUUUUUUUUUCCUCCUCCCUUUUUAUGGGGUGGCACAUAAUCAGAUGUAGUCACCAUUUCUUUUUCCCACCCUGUGGCCUUAAUGCUCGAGCAUUUGCCUUUUAAAUAAACAAAUAAAUAACCCCCUA